AUGCAUGGGUUCACUUAUAGCAUUGGCAAUUGCUCUCCACUUGAAGCCGAGGCCUGGGCACUGCUCAAAGGAAUUCAGCUGGCGGUGUCAAGGGGAAUCACAAAGGCAGUUUUUGAGAGCGACGCGGAAGAAAUCACAAGGUUCAUGAACAGCGAAGACAGGCCUAGAAUCACAGCUCACAAUAUAUUAGAAGCUUGCAAAAAGGAGUUAAGAGCUUUGAAAACUUGGCAUGUCUCUUCAAUCUUUAGAGACCAGAACCAAGUUGCGGAUGCAUUGGCGAAGCAAGCAACACGAUUUCCCCCCGGUCUACAUAUUAAUACCGAUCCACCUGAUGAAAUAUUAGGCCUUUUAGAAGAUGAUGCCUCUGGGAUACCCAGAUGGCGUGAGUGUCUUGUUAAAUACUAUGUUAAAUGCAGACAACUAAGCACUUCUACGUUAGUUCCUGCUCGCUCUCCCCAAUCAAAUGGGCUAUUCCUAUUCCUAUUCCUCUCCCUCCCAAUGUCCACCACCAACUCCUCCUCCUCCGUCGUCUACGCCGCCGCUCCUCCACCAUACCAUCCUUCUUUCCCCGACAACUUAGGCACCAUUGGCUUAGGCUACGCCAUUGCUAUCGCCUUUGGCUUCCUUCUCCUCUUCUCCGCCCUCCUUCUCGCUUCCUGUAGCUGCUGCAGGGCAAUCGCCUCCCGCCGCCGCCGCCGCCGCGAGGAACAGUUUCCGGCCCGGAACUCGCACGCCGCCAGAGAGAUCAGUGUCUAUCUCCCCCGCAUGAUCUUCGUGGCCGACGAGGAUGAUGACGAUCCCGGGGCGGCUCAGAACGUUAUUGGCCUCCAACAGGCCGUGAUCAACUCUUACCCGAAGCUCGCGUACUCCGAGAACAACUCUCGUUUCACCGGAGACGAUGCGGUGUGUUCCAUAUGCCUGUGCGACUACAAGGAUUCGGAGAUAUUAAGGAUGUUGCCGGAUUGUAAACAUUGCUUUCACGUAGGUUGUGUUGAUGCGUGGCUGAAACUCAACGCCUCGUGCCCAGUCUGCCGUAAUUCCCCGCUGCCAACGCCGCUUUCUACUCCGCUCUCGGAAGUCAUCCCGAUUUCUCAGUACUCCGAUGGCCGGAGGAGGCUAUAAUUGAACCGACACCCCUGACACCGAGAAUGUAAAUCAUGGUAACUCAGUGGCUUAGCAGACAUAACCAAAUAUAGAUGCUCACAAAUGAUCUGUCUAGUUUAGAGAAACUGAAUUUCGAACAUUGAUUUCUCCUUCUAAAUACUGCUUACUGAAUCAACCAGUUAAAAUUUGAUUUUGGUUGGUUUAGAUCUCUUGUCAAUUUUUUCAACUAUCUACAUAGAGUGGAAUCUUGGAAUCAAGUUAAUUAGCAUAUUAUAUUUUUCCUUCUAAAACGAAUGAAUUAUUAUGUUUAUCAUUGAG